AUGGGUUUGGGAGCUAAGAUCAAGAACGCCCUCCACAGCGACGAUCACCCUCAAAAGACCACAUACGAGGGCGACCAGCCACCCGGAGCAUUCCCCUCCGACUCUACCACAACCGGAACCUCCAAGAACACAACCGGUGGCUACACCGGGGGCACCACCGGCACCACCGGAAGCCAUAUCCCUGGUACCACCGGUACCGGCACGCAUCACACCAGCAACACCACUACUGGCUACAACGAUCCCGAUGGAGUUCACGGGCCCCACGGCGGAAGACUAGCGAACAAGGCCGACCCGAGAGUGGACUCUGACCGAGACCACCGCGACGCGCCCACCUCCGGCUUGACUGGCAACACCCACGGCGCCACUCACGGCACAACCACCGGCCACACUGGAGGCUUGUCCGGCAGCAACUCCGCAGGAUACAGCAACACCACCACGGGCUACAACGACCCCGAUGGUGUCCACGGCCCGCACGGAGGAAGAGCUGCCAACAAGCUCGACCCCAGAGUCGACUCCGAUCGCGACCACCGUGGUGCUCCCACUACUGGUCUCACUGGCAGCAACACCUACGACAACACCACCGGCACCGGCCAUGCCGGAGGUCUGCACAGCAACACUCACGGUGCUACCGGCGGAGUUGGAGGUGUCGCUGGCAACACCACCACCGGGUACAACGACCCCGAUGGAGUUCACGGCCCUCACUCCGGCAGAGCUGCCAACAAGCUGGAUCCCAGAGUUGAUUCGGACCGCGACCACCGCGGCGCGCCAGGUGCAGGUCUCACUGGCACCCACCGUCCCCAUGACUCCGGUGUCGAGGUCGGCCACGGUGUUGGCCACAACAAGCCCUACAAGGGCGAGUACCUCGCCAACGCUGAGCGCGCCAAUGCUCAGGACCCCUACUGGGGCGACGUUGGCCGUGAUGGCUCUGCUGUGAACAAGGACUUGCCCCUGCGCCCCAAUGAGUCUGCCGUCGGCCACGGAGGUCCUCAGGCCGUUGGUGGUGGACACUACAACCCUGCGGCGUCAACACACCACGAUCCUGCGUCCAGCGUCGACCGUUCUAUGGAGGGACGCGACUUCACUCACCCCCACGGCUCCGGUGCUGGAGUCGGGGGUGCCGGCAGUGACCCCUACAGCGGCGUCCACAGCGCUGCUCACAACCCCCAGGCGGCUUUAUCCGGCGGCAACGUCAACGACCCGUACGACACUCGCAUGAGAGACAGAGACAUGGGCCGUGAGCGCACCGGACACGGAGCUGCCGGUGCUGGUCUUGGUGCUGGCGUUGGUGCUGGAGCCGCCGUGGCUGCUGGCCAGGCUGCCCACAGACAUCACCGCGAUGACUUGCAUGAGUCUGGUCUCGGAGGCAACAACACUGUUGGCGGCGUCAACUCUCCUGUUGGCCACAACACCCACGGAACCCACGGUGGUGUCACUGGCACCCACGCUGGUGGUGUCCAUGACCACCACCGCUCCAGCCUCACCGGCAACGAGCCUGGUGUGCCCAAGACCAGCAUGCUCGAUCCCUACAACCAGUCUCCUACCGGCACUCACGGCACCACCCACAGCAACGUUGCUGGCACUGGUCUCGGAGGACACACUGGAUCUUCCGGUCUGAACCAAGGACAUGAUGGAGCCAAGGUUUUCCACACCUGCACCAAGUGCGGCGAGGACAACGAUAUCAGCAGAUACUUCAAGAAGGAUGCUGUUUACCGGAUGAAUUAA